AUGAACAAUUGGUCGAGAGCCUUUUAUCAUUACAUUGCUACCUGUUGCAUGUUUGCAGAUGAAGAAUACGAAAAGUCGGCACUUGAGUUUAUGCAGAUACCUGGCAUCCUGAAACGAAAGAGGCAUUUAGGAGGACGGCUGUUGCCCAACGAGAUAUUUGCAGAACGGAAAAUCAAGCACUGGAAAGCCAAAGCCAACAAUGCCACCGUAUUGGAUGGCCCUACAUUGAAGCGGGUGGUCGUUGUGCAUCCUCUAUGGGAGCUCAUCUACCUGUGGAAUGGAUUCUCUCAGCUCACAGCCAGCACAUUGCAGUUGCUCAAACAGACAAUUGAAACUAGUUUAGCUACCUUGAGCAAAGAAGAUAUUGGCACGGACAUGUCUCAAUUGUACUUGCUCUUGGGUGUCAGUGUGCGCGAAUUGGGGGAUUUUGACCUGGCAGACAUGUACCUGAGACAGUCGAUUCGAUCCGAGGACAUGAAAUGCGAGGAUCGCUGGGUGACACCACAUGCACUCUAUGAGAUGGCAGCUCUCUGCUGCUUUAGAAUCAUGCAAACAAAAGAUGUAUACCAGCAGUUGAAACUCUACAAAGAGGCACAUGAGUGGAUUCGUAAAUCCGAGAAACACUUGGCGCAUCGUGUCAAUCACCUUCAGCAGCAACAGCAACAACAGCAGCAGUACCCACACCCUCAAGAAGCUGAAUCAGUAACAUCAGAUAACACAGGCGAUUCAGACUGGGACAGUCGACUGCACGUACGCUGUCAACUUUUGAUAGAAAAAUUAGAAGAUUUUCGAUUAUAA